AUGGACCUCAAUAUUGUAAAGGUGGAGAAAGUACACAGGGGUGAUCAGAUGGAUGGGCUGCUUUAUCCUGCUAAGAAAAUACCACCGAUAGCAAAAAGUGAUACCGAGCAAGAAAAGGCAUCUCAGAAUGUUACUUCUCCAAAAGCAGACCCUUUGUUAAAACCAAAUAUGGAGACCACACCUGCAUCACUUAGUAGUGACUUCAAGCAGAAAGUUGUUAACAUCUUGCUGAAGUAUUCAAGUGGUCUUUGGGCUAAUGCACUUCCCAAAUUGUACCAAGACACUUACCAAGUAAAAUUUCCAGAAGACAUUCUAAAUAAUCUAGAAUUGCUCUCAGAUGUCUGUAUAGUAGACUAUGUAUCCGAAGUCCCUAGAAAGGCCAUCCUCUAUGCUAAACCCCAAAGACGCAUUGAUGAAAAUCUGAAUGUCACUGAGAAAGUCCAGAGGCAUGAUGGUGUGAAGGCCACAGCUGAACAACAGCAUGAAGAAUCCAAGGACCAGUAUCCAGAGAACGUAACUGUUCCUUCUCUAAUCAUUCCAUCGGAAGGAUCUGUGUCAGUCAUGGUGUUAGAACUGAAGAACACUAAUGAGGUCCUAAUUAGGUAUGUGGGCAAAGAUUAUUCUUCUGCUCAGGAACAAAUGGAGGAUGACAUGAAAGCAUACUAUAGUCAGAAUAGUACAGUGUCACUAGCUCAGUCUCUGAGUGUUGGACAACUUGUUGCAGUACAUGCUGAAGAAGAUGCCUGGUUGCGUGCUCGGAUAAUUUCUCUAGAAGACAACAGAAUAAAGGUAUGCUAUGUUGACCAUGGUUUCAGUGAGUUUGUUGAAAGCAACAGUGUGUACAAACUACAGAAACAGUUCAAGUUGCUUCCAUUUCAAGCUGCUAAAUGUAAACUGGCAGGACUGGAAGACUUCUGUGAUGAUCCUGUCCUAGUAAAGACUGUGGAAUCGCAGACAUGCUCCAAGAUAUUUGCUGUGGAAAUACUGGAAAAGAGUGAUAUUCCUCUUCUUGUUCUUUAUGACACUUCAGGAGAAGACGAUAUCAACAUCAAUGCUACUUGUCUGAAGGCGUUGUAUGACAAGUCCCUUGAACUGCACCUACAGGUAGAUGUACUAUAUACAAAUGUCAGAGUAACCAGUGUUUUCUCUGACGGAAGCCUGUAUUGCCAAGUGCCGUCUAAAGGCUUGACUAGACUUUCUGAAAUCUUGCAGAAAAUAGAAGACUACUUCCAUUACAAGCAGACAUCUGAGUUGAAUGUAUUGCUACCUUUCUGUGGAAAAAUCUGCUUGUUCCCUUCCAAAGGAAAAUGGUCACGUGUAGAGAUAAGAAUUAUUCACACUAGACGGGCACUUGAUGUGCAGUUCAUGGAUACUGGAACAGUUGCAACUGUAAAAGUAUCAGAGCUGAGAGAAAUCCCACCACAAUUCCUGCGAGAAGUAAUUGCAAUACCUCCUCAGGCUAUAAAAUGCUGCCUAGCAGAUCUGCCUCCUAACACUGGCAUGUGGACUCCAGAUGCUGUUCUGUGGCUGAGAGACACUGUAAUGAAUUGUCCUGAAUUUAGCAUGAAGGUAAAUAAUCAAAAUGCCUAUGUGACUUGA